AUGCUUCAAAGAAGACAAAACCAACGAAGACAACAACACUUUAUUAGAAUAAAUAGAGUAAUAAUAUAUCAAAGUAAUUCCCAAAGACGUGUUCAACCUAUUAAUAACCAAGAUAUGUUGAGUCGAAUUGCAAUCCUUCCUCAGCAAACUAUGGAUAACAACCCUAUGUUGGAGCAAUUUUUUAAUGG